UCUAUUUAUACACCUUGAUUGUUCCCAUCAACUACUGUUGCGAGCAGCUCAAUUUUGCUCCAAGUGAAAAGCGAAUCAAAUCUUGCACUUUUUCGCAUUAAAUCGCCGCAAAGCUGUACCGCCGAAAGAGUUUCCGUGCGCUGGAACGUUCGACAACGGUGGCUGUUUAACGCGAUUACGCGUUUUUACGGCACAUUCUUACCUCACCACCUGCCAUCAUCCCAUCGCGAUUGUGUCGAGCUUAGUGUUGGUGCGAAAGGGACGGCGGCACGCGAAUCCGGGUGCCUAGCGUGUGUGUGUGAGUGAGAGCGAGUGUGUGAGCGCUAGCAGAAACGAGUGAGUCAGGGGCAGCACGUUUUGUUCGAUUCCCAGCAGCAGUUUUGCUUUUUCCCCCACGAAAAUGGCGUCGAUAGAUUCCCAGUCGAAGAAUCGUAUGCAAGGAUUCAAAAACAAAGGAAAGGAUCAGGAUGAAAUGCGACGUCGACGAACGGAGGUCACGGUGGAGCUGCGCAAAAACAAACGCGAAGAAACGAUCCUCAAGCGGCGCAAUGUUCCUCAGACGGCAGAAUCGACCGACGAGGAAGAUUACACACUGAUGUCCAACCUGAAGAAGUUGGUCGAGAAGGCGGGCAACAGCGAAGACAAGGAGGGCCAGCUGGCCGCAGUACAGGCCGCCCGCCGGCUGCUGUCCUCGGACCGCAAUCCCCCGAUCGACAAUCUCAUCGACAGUGGCAUUCUUCCAACAUUAGUCAAUUGUCUCGAGCAGGACGAUAACCAGGUGUUGCAGUUCGAGGCGGCCUGGGCCCUCACAAACAUCGCGUCGGGAACGGCCGCACAGACGAACCAGGUGGUUCGCGCCGGAGCCGUGCCACUCUUCCUGCGCCUGCUCAACUCGCCCGCACCAAACGUGUGCGAACAGGCAGUAUGGGCUCUCGGCAACAUCAUCGGCGACGGACCGAGCCUGCGUGACUACGUGAUUAAGCUGGGCGUGGUGCAACCACUGCUGUCGUUCAUCCAGCCGGAAAUUCCGAUCCCCUUCCUGCGCAACGUCACGUGGGUGAUUGUGAAUCUGUGCCGCAACAAGGAUCCGCCGCCGCCGGCCGCUACGAUUCUCGAGAUUCUGCCAGCACUGAACAUGCUGAUCCACCACACGGACAUAAACAUCCUGGUCGAUACGGUGUGGGCGUUGAGCUAUCUGACCGAUGGUGGCAAUGAGCAGAUUCAGCUCGUAAUUGACAGCGGUGUUGUGCCGAAGCUGAUCCCGCUGCUGUCGCACGUCGAAGUGAAGGUACAGACGGCUGCAUUACGUGCGGUGGGCAACAUUGUCACUGGCUCGGAUGAUCAGACACAGGUCGUGCUGAACUGUGACGCGCUGUCACACUUCCCGAAACUGUUGACUCACAGCAAGGAUAAGAUUCGCAAGGAAGCCGUCUGGUUCCUGUCGAACAUUACGGCCGGAAAUCAGUCACAGGUGCAGGCUGUUAUUGAUGCCGGUCUGCUGCCGAAGGUCAUUGAAAAUCUAAAGCACGGCGACUUCCACACGCAGAAGGAGGCGGCUUGGGCGAUCAGCAACCUAACGAUCAGUGGCAACCGUGAACAAGUCGCACAGCUGAUAAACGACGGGGCUGUCCAACCGUUCUGCGAUUUGCUUAUGUGCCAGGAUUGUCAAGUGAUCAAUGUUGUACUGGAUGGCAUUAACAACAUGCUUAAGCUGGCCGGACCGCACGCCGAGCACGUUGCAAAUCUGAUCGAGGAGUGUGACGGUGUGUCAAAGAUUGAAGUGUUGCAAAAUCAUGAAAAUGUGGAUAUCUACAAGCUGGCGUACGACAUCAUCGAGCAGUUCUUUUCGGAAGAUGUUGACGAAGCCGUUCUCGAAGAUCUUAGACCUGCGUCGGACGAGAACGCGUUCCAGUUUAACCAGAAUCCGAACAUUCCCCGCGAUGGAUUCAACUUCUAAACUAUCGAUCGACAGCGAAGGCAAGGCAAAGGACGUGGGAUUCUGCAACUGCACACCAGAAACCACGAGCCAUGAAUACGAGACACACACACACACGCAUUCAAACACACCGGUAAAAUUAGUGACGGUCGGUGAAUCAUCCAAGCGAAUCAUUUCGCCCAUCUCUAAUACGACGACACAGCAGCAAGACUCUCCGAUACUACGAAGAACAACCAUUAUUAGGACGAGGCUUUUUUUUUUCUUUGGGUGGCACGACGGUGCAUUUAUUUGGUAAAGUUUUACAUCUGCUCGGCAAACAGAAAGCAAAACACAAUCUCGCGCGUACGUUUCAUCUACGUGGGCAACCAAUUUUUCCCCUUUUUUGUUUGCAGUGGAAGAAGUCUUGUGUCACUUCCAUUUGCGCGUGGUUUUUUGCACGCAAAAUUAAUCGCACCCGAAUCGCGCAUGGUUUGACGGGUGCGUUAGGUUAUGUAGGUUUUUGGAGAGUUUAUUAUGAAUUAGGACGAAGACGCAUAAAUUUGUUGACGUAUUAGUUAAUCCACCAUUUGAAGUAUAUCGAUCAUCGUCAUCAUCGAAUGUCGGUUGCAUUACUGGCAAAAGACGGAGCCAGUAUACAUAGUGCUACGUAAGGAACUGUUUGGACUAUUUUCAUGCUAAAAAUUCGUUUGUUAAAACUUAGCAACAGAGAAACAGGGCUGCUGUAACAUAGCAAUGAAGGUGAAUUUCAUUGAAGACACACGUGCACCGAGCGUGGUUUUUGGGCUAUCUUUUAAGUCCAUGAACUAUAACCGCUACUACAACUGCUACUGAAACACAUAAAUAUCGAUAUUUAUUCGGAAUUCAAGGACUGAUGACUUCGAUUCUUUCUUUCUACUCACGACGAUCUCUGACCGACUCCAAUGCGCGACUCUCCGACGACAGCCAACGAUCCACAGUACAUGCUGCAAGACGUCCCUUAGCAAAGUCCGCGAGACCAGACCAGCCAGGCGUGCGAGAAGAAAGUCGAGGGAGUGUAUCACACAAAACAGAAGCAAUGUCAUUGUAUCUUAUAUAUUUACUAAGAAUCGAGCGAGGUUGAAGGAGGAAAACGAAACUGACCCGACCACGCCACGUGUGUACCGGUUUGAUGAGAGGUUAGGCUCGUCAAGUCAGUAUGUGUGAGCCGUGCGCCUAUCAGACUCUCCCGAUCUGAACAAGCAGGCAGGAACUCAGUUGAACCGUAAAAAAGGGCAGUGUUUUAUGAAAGAAUGAUUGGAGCAAUCCUGGAGAUAAUGGUACAAGCACCACACGUCAGGACAACAGCAACAACACACCAACACGCAGAUACUACACACCAAAACACACCAAAACCGACACACAUGCAUGAGCCUCGGUAUAUAUGUGCGCUCGUGCCAACAAAAUGGUCGCGGCAAACAAAACAAAAAACCGCCAAUUGUGAUUUCGAACGCGGAUGCUAGCCCGCUACCAAUUUUUCCGCUGUAUAUAGAUCCCUUGAUCCUUGCCGUUGCAGGACAAAACUCAACCCUCAAUCUCCUCAAACGAGAAACGAGCCGAACACAACAGCACGUAGCGGCGAUGGCGAUUUAAUGCGACAUCUCUUCAUCUUUUUUUGUCGUUCACUUGGUUUUUUGGUCGUGUUUUAUUCGUUGCUGCAGUGGGUGGGUUCAGUUUACUGCUGAAACUGAUGUCCUAGGACACUGCGUCAGUUAGAAGAUGUAAAGAAGCAAACCGGGGGCGAAUCGAUGGAAUGGGGGGGUGGAUUUUUUAUAAGGACAUGAGCGAUCGAUCCUGCAAGUAAUCGCGUUGAGGCGAGGGCUGUGUGAGACAAAGCAAAUUAAUUAAGCCGGGGACGAUUGUAAAGAAGAGUGAGAGAAAUAGGAACUUUUAGCAAACAAACAUGGCAACAUGGAAGGAAUACAGAAUUAGUAUAUGCAUCGAUGGUCGAUGCUUUGUGAUUAACGGCACGCGUUCUUCUUGAUCUGGUAGAAGUGUGACCGUUGGGUGUUUUCCGGCGAAGGUUUAGGCACCGUAGGGUGUGAACUCGAACGCGGAAAACGGACAUACACUUACUGUAGCAGGGAAAGGAUGCUGAUGGGGACGUGAUGAACCCGCCUGGCGCUCGCAUUAGUAAGCAUACUGAUAUUUUUGUAAAAUAGUCUCGUUUUUUUUUUAAUUGAUGAUUCUACAGCGCGCAGCGAUGAUUUGACCGCAGCUCUAUGAGUAUGGUAGAACGUCUCGGAACAUUAACGCAAGAAGUAUAAAGUAAUUUAUUUUCUACGAUUUACUAGAAAAAUAAACACGUGGACACCCGUGCUAACCUAUAGAGAGCUUUUGGCGAGGGAUGCUGUGCACGACUGCACCCUCCGGCCCACCGGUACGCCCGGCCCCGGGUGGUCAGGCGUGCCGGGAGAAAUGAGAGAACACUACUAUUAUAGAUAAUGUUGUACCAUAUUGUUGUUCGCCAACGAACCAGCGAUUCACGCAAAGUCUGAUUUGAUAUGAACCACUACUGUACCACGGGACGUGCGGGAUGUCUCGACAUGCUUCCCCACUAUCCCUCUCUCUCUCUCUCUCUCUCUCUCGCGCUCACCCAUAUCGCCGAGGCAUCCUUCGCACGGUUGCAAGGAGCUGUCCUCCGGUAUCCCGAGAGAGGAGAUGCACAAAUGGUGUGCAGUUCAGUUAAGCUUUAAUGAAAAGUAAAAGGAACACGUGUUGAUCAGCAUCAAACAGCCUACGGCCAAGGCAUAAAAGAAGACGCCAGUGAUGAAAUGGCGUGCCCAUCAGGAUGCGAUCAUGCAUUCGAUUGUGUGAGUGUGUGUGUGUGUAGGUGGCCGUGUGUCGGCUCGGAACCAGGCGUUUGUGCGUUUUUUAUUGCCAGUCCACGUCAGAAAAACAUACGCCGCGUGCACGUGCACCGAAUGCUGCGUGUCCUGGGCCGCCCUAACAUAAGUGUACAUGUUUUACAAACUAUUUGCCUCUUGCCAAAAGUGUUUAGUAGUUGGGUCCCGAAUGUGGGCCUGACGUGGAGGCGCACAGACACACGUUGUUUUCCCCCAAAACCUUUCCCUAAAGCUCACCGCUCAUCGGCGUCCCUACCAAAAUUAAGAUUGGGAGAUUGAGAUAGUGGACGGUUGAUGCCUAAAGAAGAAAACAAACGUAAAAAAAGGAAAAAAGUGAGACGGCGCAUCGGGACGAACUAAUCCCCGUUGGUUCCGACCGUUGCAGGGAUUCAAAUCUGUAUAAAUUCUUUAUAUAUAUACACACAUAAGAGUCACACAGAAACCAACACAAAAAAAAACGGAAGAGGAAAAGAAGGACAAAACAGAGAACGUACCAUUUAUAUUCCAGGAGCAGGAACUGUAAAGAGAGAAAACGAGUCGGCUGGGGGGCAAUCGGAAAGUCUAUGUGAAUCUGUAAUACGGUCAGAUCAAAACUGCUGUGUUUUUUUCUCACAAACAAACAAAUCCAGAUGUUGUGUAUUGAUCAAUACAGCUUCGAAAAGCGACGGACUAUUUUUUAUCUCUAAUCAACGAACCAGAAGGAACUUCCCUUCCUGAAAACCUGAAACCCCUUCACGAAAAACAAACAACAACAGUACGGUUAACAACUCAUCUGCGAGGAAGAAGGCAUAGAAACUCCCUAGUGAACAGUGUAAGCUUGAAAACUUUGUUUCAUUUGUGUCCUUCCGGGGAUGAGAAAAGAAUAACAAAAUUGACUUGAUACAAAUUA